GCGUUGUUUCUUUGCUUUACUCCUCCUUUGACAGCGAGAUCUUUCGAGAUCUUCCCCGGCUCCAUUCAUCUCCCAGCAGCAGGCGCGGAGGAGCGUAGUGUGGCCGCUCUACCGACCUCAGUUCUGCCAGCUGCCAGUGUCUCACGCUGCAGUCAUGUCGGUGGUGGGGAUUGAUCUGGGCUUCCAGAGCUGCUAUGUCGCGGUGGCCAGAGCCGGAGGGAUCGAGACUGUGGCGAAUGAGUACAGCGACCGCAGCACCCCGGCGUGCAUUUCGUUUGGCCCUAAAAACAGAUCUAUUGGUGCCGCAGCAAAAAACCAGAUCAUUUCCAAUGCAAAGAACACGUUACAAGGCUUCAAAAGGUUUCAUGGCCGAGCUUACACUGACCCUUUCGUCCAGGCUGAGAAGCCAGGUCUGGCCUGUGAGCUUGUUGAGUUACCAACAGGCUCAGCUGGUAUCAAGGUCAUGUAUUUGGAAGAGGAACGAAACUUCACCAUUGAACAGGUGUCUGGCAUGCUGCUGACCAAGCUCAAAGAAACCGCAGAGAGCGCAAUGAAGAAACCUGUUGUUGAUUGUGUUGUUUCUGUCCCAUGCUUCUUCACUGAUGCAGAGAGGAGGUCUGUCAUGGAUGCCACACAGAUCGCUGGGUUGAACUGUCUACGAUUAAUUAAUGAAACUACUGCAGUUGCUCUUGCUUAUGGAAUUUAUAAACAAGAUCUGCCUGCACCGGAGGAGAAGCCAAGGAUCGUUGUGUUUGUAGACCUGGGCCAUUCUGCAUAUCAAGUAUCUGUGUGUGCUUUUAACAAAGGAAAACUCAAAGUUCUAGCUACCGCCUUUGAUCCUCUUGUUGGGGGAAGGAAGUUUGAUGACGUUCUUGUUAACUAUUUCGUUGAGGAGUUUGGCAAAAAGUACAAGCUGGAUAUAAAAUCUAAGAUUCGGCCCUUGCUGCGACUCGCUCAGGAGUGCGAGAAACUGAAGAAGUUGAUGAGUGCAAAUGCUUCAGAGCUGCCACUGAAUAUUGAAUGUUUUAUGAAUGAUAUUGAUGUCUCUGGAUCCAUGAACAGGGGUCACUUUGAAGAAAUGUGUGAUAGUCUGUUGUCUCGAAUUGAAGCUCCACUUCGCAGCGUGUUGGAACAAGCCAAGCUCAAGAAAGAAGAUAUUUAUGCAGUUGAAGUAGUUGGUGGUGCCACGCGAAUCCCAGCUGUUAAAGAGCGAAUCAUGCGUUACUUUGGUAAAGAAGUCAGCACAACGUUGAAUGCUGAUGAAGCAGUAGCCCGAGGCUGUGCAUUACAGUGUGCCAUUCUGUCGCCAGCUUUUAAAGUGCGAGAGUUUUCAAUCACUGAUCUGGUACCGUACCCAAUUUCCUUGAAGUGGAAUUCACCUGCCGAAGAAGGGUUGAGUGAUUGUGAGGUGUUUCCCAAGAACCAUGCAGCGCCCUUCUCCAAAGUGCUUACUUUCUACAGAAAGGAGCCUUUCACUCUGGAUGCUUAUUACAGUGCUCCUAAAGAACUGCCCUACCCAGAUCCCUCUCUAGGUCAGUUCCACGUGCAGAAGGUGGUUCCUCAGGCUGACGGCUCUAGCUCUAAGGUGAAGGUGAAAGUACGUGUAAACGUCCAUGGUAUAUUUAGUGUCUCUAGUGCAUCUCUUGUCGAGAUCCACAAAACAGAAGAGGGGGAAGAACCCAUGGAAACGGACCAGACUGUAAAAGAUGAGGAGCAGAAAAUGCAAGUUGAUCAAGAGGAGCCUAAACAAGAAGAAAGCCAGCCAGCACAAACAGAAAGCAAGCCCAGUGCUGACGAAAUGGAGACCUCACAGGCCACACCCAAGGAAAAGAAGACCGAUCAGCCUCCUCAAGCCAAAAAGGCUAAAGUAAAGACCAGCACAGUUGACCUUCCCAUUGAUCACUAUCCUCCUUGGCAGAUAGGAAGGGAUACGCUGAACUUAUUCGUUGAAAAUGAGGGAAAGAUGAUUAUGCAAGAUAAACUUGAGAAGGAGCGGAAUGAUGCCAAGAAUGCUGUGGAAGAAUAUGUGUAUGAGAUGAGGGACAAGCUGAGCUGCGUUUACGAGAAGUUUGUCAAUGAAGAUGACCGGAACAGCUUGAUGCUAAAACUUGAGGACACUGAGAACUGGUUGUAUGAAGAUGGAGAGGAUCAGCCAAAACAAGUUUAUAUAGACAAAAUAACAGACCUAAAGAACUUGGGCCAGCCUAUACAAAUGCGUUACCAGGAAUAUGUGGACAGACCAAAGGCCUUUGAUGAGCUUGGAAAACAAAUACAGCUGUACAUGAAAGUUAUUCAUGCCUUUAAAAAUAAGGAAGAAGCAUAUGACCAUUUGGAUCCCGCUGACAUGGAGAAGGUGGAAAAGUGCAUAAAUGAAGCUAUGGAGUGGAUGAAUAACAAAAUGAAUCUACAAAUGAAGCAAAAUCUAACUGUAGAUCCUGUUGUAAAAACAAAAGAUAUUCAGGCAAAAACAAAAGAAUUGACGAGCACAUGCAACCCUAUUGUCUCCAAGCCCAAACCGAAGGUGGAACCUCCAAAAGAGGAGCAGCAGGCAGGAGAGCAGAACGGACCAGUAGAAAAUAACACAGAUGGCCAGGGGCCGCAGGCUGCAGAACAAAGCCCAAACACAGGCACUUCUGAAGCAGAAAAGAAGCUUCCAGAAAUGGACAUUGAGUAAAUUCCAUAAUUGAUUUCUAUUAUCAAACAGUAUAACAAAGCUUUAAGUUGUUACCUAAAUAUGGCUCCAACAUACUGAUCAGAGAAAAGUGAUGACUGCAAAUCUCUUGUAGUUUCUUAGUCAGCCCUAUAUUUUACUGCAUUUGUUUUCUACUCCUUUGACCUCCGUGUUUUGACAAUGUUCUGGGUUUGUUUGUUUUUUUUCUAUUGUAUGUUUUAGAGUCGGUCCUUGUUGCUACAGUUUUAGCGAUGGCUGUACCUUGCACAUUAUCCAAUAGGCUUGUGUCUGGAGUUACACCAGGUCUAUAAGUAGUAUUCAAGGUUUACAAAUGGCUGAAUUUCUCAUGCAAAAUUCUAUCUCUACAAAAGCAACAGUCCUAUCAUCCGCUUUUAAGUUCCCAAACAGACGCUGUUGUCUUGAUUUGCAUCUAUUUCUGUAAUACUACAUUUCCUCCUCAUUGACAGCUGGUUAAUGGCAGUAAUCUUAGCCUCUUGCAUGGAAGCCUGGUUGCUUGAUGGGGCUUGCAAGAAAUAGGAGUAUUAAAACCCAGUACUAGCUGCUAAGAGCUGGAGAUGGCUUGUUCCAUUGAGUAUUAUAUUUUCCGUAGAUCUAUGUAAAGCUAUAGCCUAGUUUACGUUACACAGACAAUGUGCUGUUCUGUCCAUGAUGCAGCUCUGAUGAAUCCAGUGUGGUAACAAUUUGUUUUACACCAUAACAGAAGAGUGAGCUUUGCAGAAGGUAAUUAAUGUGGAUAAGUGUCCAAAUCCCGCACAAAGCCAAGAACCAUCCUUUAUAGUACUGUUGGGAUUUUAAGAACCAUGUGCAUUAAUGCCCCAUCUCUCCAAGAGAAUAAACUGCUGGGGCUUGAUAUUGAUAAAAUUCAUCACUUGAAGGGUACAGGUGGAAUCGCUUGCACCCAUGCAAUGCAGCUUGUUUGUCAAUCAUCCUUCAUGUUAUUUUAAACAUGGGACAAGUAUAUAGUUUUUGUUUUGUGGCAUACAUUUCUAGUAACCAUAUUGGUCCCAAAGGAAAACUGGAUUCUCUUCUAAUACAUGAAUCUUGUGUAACAAUGCUGUACAUGGGUGUUUUGGUCCCAACCAGACAACUUGUGUGCAAUGUUUAAGCAUAAUGUUUAUGUCUGAUAAAAGUUCAUAUCCCAUAGAAAAGUCAUCUUUGUAAUUUUUUUUAUUAUUGUUAUAACUGUAACUCUUAACACCUACAGCAGAUCUUGUCUGAAAAUAAACUUGCUGGGUUGCAACCUG